AUGUCGUUUCAUUUUGCACCUGCACCAUUGAACUUUCAGAAGUUCCUUGAUCUCACCCGGUCGGGUUCCCGUAGUUUGUCUCCCGAAAAUGAGCUAAGACAGAUGACGGCAUCAUCUAUAUCUGCUUCGCACACCAAGCCUGACGCCUUGUUAAGUUGUUCUACGGUUUAUAGUAGUGAUGCGAGGGCGGAGCUGCUUCGGAGGCCAUCAAUUAACAACCUUCCAGGAUCGAAAUUAUCGCUGAAAGCGAGCUCGUCUUCCGUCGAAGAGGACUUCCUCGACGCGACGGAGAGCUCCUUGGUAAUGUACACUUCCGACGAUCACGAGGACUGCUUGAAAAAACACGAUUUUGCAGAAUCGGAAUUAUCAGGGUGUCCUCACCACGAGGUGAUGCGUGAAUUAAUAGAAGAAUUCAAGACCUUUUCCCUAUGGCAGUAUGGCAGUCCUUUUUAUUAUCCCGUAACCGACCAAUUUUACUGUUGGAACCUGCACCCACUUCGGCGAAAGUACAAACAUGAGUAUCACGGUAUGGACGGCAUCAGCUGUGAUUUUUGCGGCUACACCGAGUGGCUUACAGUGAACGACGAGUUGGAAUCGACUUUGGCGUCUUUCGCCAAACGCACGGCUUUCUCGGGUGAAGGCCGGGAUGGUUCUACGACCAAACCCCUGAACCCUCGCAGACCGAACCAAUCGAAGACUAAAGGGGUAAAAGAAGAAGAGGCGCUGGAAGGAUCCCAACCAUGCGUCUCGUUCCACCACUGUUCCGUCUGUCAAGUGGAUCUCUGCGCAGCGUGUAUUGCGGAUAUCCGCUCGGAUGACCGCUAUCAUGCACCUUGCCAACAGUGUUUGCGGUGCAAGGCCUACCUUUCCCACCUGCAGGCCGCGGCGCAUCGUUGCAGAGGCUCAAAGUUCGCCAUGCGUGCGGUUUCCGUCGAGAAGGAAAAGGCGGAGGGGGUGAAACGCCAAGGUCCACCCUUUUCCAGAGCUGAAGAAUGUCCUGGUCUGAAAGCGGACCUUCUUCCUUCCUCUGCGGGCUACGACGAAUGUCAAUCGAGGACGCGAAAGUGUACCAAAAACCGGCGUGAAGCCAAACUCAUGCGUGAUGAGCCUUGUGGGAUUCAGACCCCUAAUGUAAAAGAGUUCGACUCUAUUUUAUCAAUCUCUUCAUCGGAUAAUUCUAAAUUGUUUGAGAUAAACACUCCUUCAUUUCCAUUGAAACAAAAGCAUUGGGAGGAGGUGGAGUACAAUUCGGCGGCAAGUCAUUCGACAGGAAAGGCUGAGCCCCCAAGACGAUCACCAGCAUCGAGGCAAUCGCCAAUGCUUGAGAACGGUUGGGAGGCUUGCAUCUCAGCAAGUACUUCUGAGGAAAUUCUUCAAGUGGAUCGGAUAGCCAAAGAGGUGUCCGUGAAGCCAGUACAACAGAAAGUGAACGUCAUGCAGAAGACUUUGUAUAGGUUUAAAAUGCCUACGCGUCUCGCUGCGGAGAAUUGUGCGCGACUUGCCGGUGAAUCCGGUCUGUGUGCUUCUCUUAAAAAGUUCUAA